AUGGAGCAAAUUCAGACAGACAUGGCAGAGAUUAGGGCUCAGAUAGGGACUACUAUGGGUCAAUUUUUGGAAGCUAUCCAAACCGUUACCCGUGGACAAGAAGAGUUAAGGCAACAUGUUCAGAGGCCGGAUGUUACUGUUGAUCCAAGUGGCGUUCAUCAGAAAGUCGUCAAUCCUACCCAAGAGGUCCCUUUAAAUCAGAAUGUUAGAAACACUAUGCGAGUUCCCGUCAACGAGGCUCCGCACCGUGAAAAUCUUUCUGUUUCGUCAUAUGAUACCUUUAAGUUUCCAAUGGAUGAAGAUGAGGGUAAGCUCCGUCUUUUGGAUAAGAGAUUGAAAGCUAUCGAGGAUCGUGAUUGCCUUGGUUUAGAUGCUGCUAGUUUAUGCCUGGUGCCUGAUAUCAAGAUUCCUCCUAAGUUCAAAGCCCCCAACUUUGAGAAGUACAAGGGUACCACUUGCCCAAUAACACACAUCAAGGAUAGUCUUAGUGGGGCAUCUCUUGAAUGGUAUACCCAGCUUGAAAGGACCAACAUCCGCACUUGGAAAGAUCUAGCCAAAGCCUUUUUCAAGCAUUACAAACAUAACAGUGAUAUGGUUCCUACCAGAAUUCAACUUCAGGGUUUGACUCAGAAGGUUGACGAAUCCUUUAGAGAAUAUGCACAAAGAUGGAGGGAGCUAGCUGCCAGGGUUCAACCUCCUCUCUUGGAACGUGAACUUAUAGACAUGUUCAUGGACACUUUACAAGACCCCUAUCUGAAUCGGAUGGUUGGAUGUGCCGCUUCUGAAUUCUCAACUUUGGUUGUCAUCGGAGAAAGAAUUGAGCACGGUCUUAUGACUGGUAGGAUUCAAAACACUGCUACUAAUUUUGAAUUCCCAGAACAAGAUGGUGAAGAAACAAGUACAAUUUCCGAAGUUGAAGAGAAAGAUCAUGCUUAUUCUCCAGUUCAGAUCCCUUGCUAUCAAAUGACAGAAAUUACUCCUGAUCAGGAUGCUCCACAAAUCUGCGCUGCAACUAUUAGCCAGCCACCAGUUCAAUUUGUGCAACAAGAGCCUGUUCUGUAUAAUCAAUCAGUUAAGUAUGCUCCGCAACAACAGCAGAGAUAUAGACAAAAUCGCCGACCACAGGGUGGGCAGAAUCAAAGAAGGCCAAGAAAGGUAUAUGAACCGAUUCCAAUGCCGCAUAGUCAGUUGCUCUCUCAUUUACUCCGAAAUUCUUUAGUGGAAUUAAAACAGCUUGGGCCUCCUCCUUUUCUUUAUCCUGAAGGAUAUGAUCCCAACGCCUACUGCGAGUUCCAUUCAGGGGCACCUGGCCAUUCGAUUGAAGGUUGCAAUGUAUUCAAAGGCACAGUUCAAAACCUCAUUGAUUCCAAGGCAAUUUGCUUCACGCCAAACGGUCUGCGUAUAAAUUGA